CUGACUUGGUCUUCCGAGAAUAUCUCACCUUGAUAUCCUCGGUGAGUAUAUUCCAACAUUCUAAAGAAAUUAGUACUGUAGCAACAAUUUCUUUAACUUCUCUAAUGGAGUCUGAGAAGUGUGUAGUUGGCCUGGAAACAAUGAAGAAGAAACGAAAAAUGAAGAAAUUUUGUGCAGUGAUAUUAACUGUCACUGCUCUUGCUCCUUUAAGACGCUUAGAAAUAUUGCUUCAGGUGCAAAACUCUCGGAAUUUACAGUACAAGGAUAUAACUCAAGGCUUGAAACAUAUGAGGAGAACUGAUGGUUUUCGAGGAUUAUUUAAGGGCAAUGGUGCUUAUAUUGCAAAGGCCAUGUCAUGUUCUGCAGUCUAUUUUGCUGUUCAUUAUCCACUAGCAAGGAUUAUAGGGCUCUAUUGUCAGACACCAGGCAAAGAAAAUGCAAAGCCUCCUAUUUUGUUAACCCGUGGAAUUCAUGCAUGCACUGUGAUGAUUGCAACGGCAGCAGCUUAUCCCAUGGACGUGGCACAAGGAAGGCUCUCUGUUCAGACAGGAAAAUCACCAUAUCAAUAUAGAGGAAUCUAUCAUGCUCUAACAACGAUUGCCCGAGAAGAAGGCCCACGAGCUUUAUAUAAAGGAUUUCUUCCUUAUUCGAUCGGACAAGUGGUGUACACUGGCCUCAACUUCGCUGUCUAUGGAUUUACAAGUUUAAGCAUAGCAAAGGCCGUGCUAUCGAGAUUUCAUGAAUUGAAGUCCAAGGGCAUGAAUCGUGACGUGAAUGAAGAGGUCACGACGGCCAUAAAGAAAAAACUUCCAUAUUUUCAGAUAUUAUCAUUUGCCGUGUGCCAUACCUUUGCUUAUCCUUUCAAUGUUAUUCAUCGAAGAAUGCAGAUGGAGGGUUGGAAAAAUUCUUCAUCGAUUAUUGCAUCUUGUUACGGUAGUAGUAAUAACAUUGCAGCAGCAAGUGAGUUUACAGGGAUGUGUGAUGCAUUCAAGAAAACCAUUAGAAAUAAUGGUUUUAAAGCACUGUACAAGGGUUCGGUUCCGUAUCUUCUGCUGAAGGUAUUUCCAGCUUCACUUUUUGCAUCUGUCGUACACCUUGGGCUGUUGGAAAGUGGACUUGAGCUAAACAUCAAGCAUCCAUAGAAUGAUCAGACACACAUGAGCUGUCAGAAUUUUGCCCGCUGCUGUGUUGAUUGGUGUACGCAGAAAUGUAUUUUCAAGCCGAUGGCUUUUUUCUGUAACAACCAUAACAUAACCGUGAAGAUUUUUUUGUCAAAGAGUUGUUGUAUAUCA